AUGCACACAAAGAGGAAGCACAAGAAAUACAAGGAGGACCCUCCUGACAUUAGGUCACAGAGGUUUGAGAUGCUCCGCAAGAAGUACUCCUUGUUGUUGGCUCAGGUGAUGAUCAACGCUGAGCUGCCAGUGGUCUCCCUCAUCAAUUCGCUGGAGGACCCAAAAGCUAGUUGGGUUCACCUUUUUGCUGCUCGGAGGGGGAACACACUGAAGAACAGGUAUAAGAUUUGGAAACCAUUCGAGCGUUGGUUGGAGACGCAUCGGAGCUGCCUUUUCCCACGGGAUGUCAGGGAUGCCAUUGACUAUUUACAGCACAGAGUCAAUGAAGGUUGCGGGAAGACUGUCCCGGAAUCUUUGGGGACGACCCUGGCGAUGCUUGAGCAACUGGGCAGAGUGGUUGAGGGCAGCAGGAUUUCAGAUGACCCUGUUUGGAAAGGGCACAUCAAGUCUUGGGCAGCUGAACUUGCAUCGGAAUCGGCCCCACGAAAGCCUGCAGAGAUGUACACGGUUGCAAUGGUAAUUUCACUUGAGCUCACUGUGGUGGAAAUCAAUCUUCCGUCGUUUCAACGGGCGUUGGCUUGGGUAGUGCUAUGCAUGGUGUGGGGAGCAUUGAGGUGCGACGAUGUGCAAGCAAUUUUACCACACCGCAGCUCGCUUUCAAACUAUGGGCUGAGAUUGGUGCUUGGGAAGACAAAGACAACAGGCCCAGAUAAGAUGCAGAAAGAGGUGGCUGCGUUUGUGUUUCGCACCAUAUCAAUCUCUGGAGAGGAUUGGCUUCGUGCUGGAUUUGAAAUUUGGGAAUCAGAUGAGUACAGGUACAGAAGAGAUUAUUUGGUGAUGGAGCCAACUGCUGACUGGAAGAAGAUCAGGCGAAAGUUCUUGGCACCAGCAGGUCUCAGCUCAGAGAUCUCAAAGCUGCUGGGCAUGUUGUCAGUGCCGCGCAGGGUGGCACAUGGUUGGGAGCUCAUGCCACAUGCAUUGCUCCUCCCGGAUGGAUUGGAGACGUUCUUCAGCGGCCACAGCCCUAGAAACUUUCUCACAUCCAUUGUUGUGCACAAAAUCCAGCGUGCAGUGAAUCGUAGCCUGGUUGAAGGGCGUGAGGAGCCUUACUUCGAGGAUGAGGCCAUCCAAAAGCUGUGUGACACUGCAGAGGCUGCAGGGGCCAAUCCAAACAGAAUCAAGAAACGGCACACUGUUUUGUCAAACUGGUCAGGUCGCAAUUCUCUUGGUGGCAUUUAUCCCACUCUCGAGGUUUUUGAUGAUGAUGUGCAGGACCAUGAUGAGUCCCUUGAAGCGCAGGCCGCAUUGGCAGCGUCAGUGGCCAAGAUCUGUGAGAAAGAUGCAGCAGCUGCAACGAAAGUCACAAAGUAUUUCAUUACCAUUUCAAGAAGGUCUGCGUUGAGACGCCUUCACUUGACUGGUUGCUUUGUCAAACCUGACAGGUGCUGCGAAGUGUUGUUUGUUGAUGAAAUUUCAAGUGAUGAUUUUGAUUCCAUUUGCCAAGCAUGCAAGAGAAAGAUGCUCCUGGAGUGUGGGAGAGACGACGGUGGAGAAACAUCGUCGACGGCCUCGUCGUCUUCGACAGCUUCUGGUGGGGGGCCUGAUGAGGUUCCGUCGUGA